AUGCCAGUAGGCGUGGUCGGAUGGACGGUGUUUGGUACGCUCAGUGGAUUGGGGGCUCUUGCAUUCCGAAGAUAUAGUCAUAUCGUCACCGCAUGCACCAAGGCAGUUGGCCUGUGUCGUGGCGCUGCAUUGAAUCAUACUGAUAAGAAAUUCCGUGUGGCUAUAACAGGUGCUACCUCUGGUGUUGGUCGGGCCGUAACGGAGAUAUUAGGCCGAUUUCAACCGCAGGUUUCAUUGGUACUCCUAGUGCGGGAUGUCCAAGCUGGAAGUGAAAUUGCACGAGUACUCGCUGAGAGAUAUGGAGCUCCUGUGCCACCCGCGGUCAUAUAUUGCGACCUCACCAGCAGGGCAUCUGUAGAGAAUGCUGUUAAGGAACUCAGCGAUAUGUGGUUCUCCACGGAUUGUGUUACAGAGUGUCAAGGCUUCGAUGCUGUUAUUCAUAAUGCUGGUGAGUGA